CGGGCGGCCCUCUUGCACGCCCACGACCCUUUCCUCCCACUCCCCCUCCACCACUCCGAACCCCCGCGCGCCAUCUCCCGCGGCAAACACACAUACAAAGCGCAGCGCGACGCGCCCGCUCCCAAACUUUUGAGUGCUUGUUCGCUCGUCCGUCGGCGUCGGUCGGCUCGCUCCAUCGCCCCUGCCGUCCCCGUCGACCGCGUUGGGAGCUGCGCGCGCGUGCGUAGGUAGCCCCCGCCGCCCAUGGACGAUAAGGAGAAGGAGAAGGAGAAGCACGACGGGACCGACGUCGAGGAGGAAGAGGAGGACGAGGAGGGGAACAAGCGCACCGUCGUGCUCGGCCCCCAGGUCCCCCUCAAGGAACAGCUCGAGCUCGACAAGGAUGAUGAGAGCCUGAGGAUGUGGAAGGAGCAACUUCUUGGGCAAGUCGACACAGAACAGCUCGGAGAAACCGCCGAGCCGGAGGUGAAGGUGCUGAACCUGACCAUCUUGUCGCCGGGCCGGCCGGACCUGGUCCUGCCGAUCCCAUUCAAGGCGGACGAGAAGGGCUACGCGUUCGCGCUCAAGGACGGCAGCCCCUACAGCUUCCGCUUCUCCUUCAUCGUCUCCAACAACAUCGUGUCGGGCCUCAAGUACACCAACACUGUCUGGAAGACUGGAGUAAGAGUGGAGAACCAGAAGAUGAUGCUGGGGACAUUCAGUCCCCAGCUAGAGCCCUACGUCUACGAGGGCGAAGAAGAGACCACCCCUGCUGGCAUUUUUGCAAGAGGUUCCUAUUCUGCUAAACUAAAGUUUGCUGAUGAUGAUGGCAAGGUCUACUUGGAGAUGAGUUACUACUUUGAGAUUAGGAAGGACUGGCCAGCAACCCAAUGGUGUGGAGCAGGGCCGGCUUGUUGAAACAUACUAGCUCAUAGCUAAGCCAAGGCAGAAAAGAUGUGAUAUUGCUUCUAGAAUGAUUCGUUCACUGCAUCGUCGUCGUUAACCUCCUU